AUGACGCAAGUCACAUCCGUCGAUGCGUACUGGCUUGCGGAACUCGGAUCUGUCUUCUAUUCCGUGAAGGAGAAGAACUUUGAUGACCGCGGCAACAGACGCGUGACAGAUCGUGAGUUCUCCAAGAAAGCCGAGCUAGAGACCGAGAUGGCGAGGCAGCGUGAAGAAACUGCAAAACAACUAAAGGAAGAGGAACUGGCCACACAAAUAUCGAAAGGGUCGGCUUCCAAAAUCAUCGUACCCGGUACACCAAAGCAUACAGGCAUUGGUGCGGGUGCUCGCGUUAUUCAGACGCCCCGCCGUAGAGUGGGCAUCUAG